CUCUUUUUGUUUACAAUUAUCCUAAUGCAGCUUGUUUUCUGUUUUUGAAAGCGCUUAUUUCAUUGUCAGAUUUGACAGAAUAGAAAACUCGGCUAUUUAAUGGGCCGAAAGAUGUUCCAUUUCACUUACAACAGCGGGUUUUCUUUUUGUUCUUUCUUUUUCUUAUUUUUUUUUAACAAUGGAAGGAAAACUAGUCAAGAGUCUUUCGUUUAAUAAAAAAGUAGAGACAAAAGGCCUUUUGUCAAAAAUUGGUAAUCCAUUUGGAACAAGAUCAACACCAAAUACACCUACUGCCACACCGAAUGCAAGCUAUGAUGAAUUAUACGUUGCUACCAACCAAGAACAAUUAUACGCCGAGAUUAAAGACGUAAAAAGAGCAUUAGAUUAUUUCCUUAACUCGAGUAUUACAGAAGCAGAGGCUGUACUGAGACCAUAUUACAAACAAUCCAUGUAUUAUGCUCUCGGUCAUUCAUUCAUUCUGUUUCUCAAGUGUGUCAUGACUUUUCAAGAAGAAGAUAUCGUCACGGCAUUAAACAUGCUAAAGCAUACAAUUGAAUUAGCGAGUCAGCAACGAAAAAAGGACAGUCAUUGGAUCAACAGUGUCACCAAUUGGGUCAAAGGCACAAGCCUAGAAGAUAUCAAAGCCAUGACCGUUGUAGAGAGACAUGCUGAAUUAGUUCAUGCAGAAGCUUAUUUACUCAAGGCAUUGCUGGGUAUUCUACACGAUGAAAGUGUCAUGUCUUUUCUUCGAGAGAGUUUAAAUAUUCGCAGCAGUUACAAUACGUACAUGAUACUCGAAAAAUAUGUGAACGAAGCAGACCAGCCAUUAGACGAACAUUUUACAUCAGGUGUUGCUCUAGGCGUAGGUUGCUUUAGCUUAAUUCUUUCCAUGUUACCAGCAUCUGUCAUCAAAGUUGCGGAGUUUGUCGGAUUUUCUUCUGAUCGAGACCAUGGUCUUCAGGUGCUCGAGUCAGCUAGCCGUGAUGAAGACCAGCAUGGAUUACGUCGACCAUUAUGUGAUAUGGUAUUGAUUAGCUAUCACAUUGUCUUAUCUCAAAUGAUUCCAUUGUCAAAAGUCAAUGGUCCCUUUGCAGAAUCUGUGUUGCAUCGAUGUUUAAAGGAUUAUCCUCGAGGUGUCUUCUUUUUGUAUUUCAAUGGUCGGUUGAUGGUGAGUAAGCGAUUGUUGGAUGAAGCAGAAGAGCAGUAUCAAAAGGCAAUUGAGACACAAAAGGACUGGAAGCAAUUGCAUCAUAUGUGCUUUUGGGAAUUAGGUCCUAUCUAUAUGAUGCGUCAACAAUGGCAAAAAGCAUUUGAUAUCUAUACUGGACUACAAAAGGAAAGUAAUUGGUCUAAGGCUGUGUAUUCUUAUCUUAAGGCUGUUUCUCUCUAUAUGCUCGGUAAAGAUUUUGAAGAAGUUAGUGAACGCAUGGAAAAAAUAACAGGUGAAAAACAAAAGAUUGCUGGUAAAUCAAUUCCAAUGGAAAAAUUUGUUGCACGAAAAGCAAGAAAGUUUACGCUACAACACAAUCGACUCAUGUUGCCUGAUCUCGAGAUAUUAAGCGCAUUUACUAUGUUUGGCUUUAUUCCAAAGACUGUUUUGGAAAACAAUCUGAAGCGCAUUGAUACUGAACUGAAUAAGCUCGAUAAGGCAAAUACUUACUACUAUGACGAUAUUUGUUUAGCUCACUUCCUUCGAGCCUCUACAGCUAGAAUGCUUUAUGAAAUCACAAAAGAUCAAGAAAUGCACAAGAUACAUGAACAAUCAUUACAAAUAGUAUUUGAUGAAGCCAAUAAGGUGGUUUUAGAUCACUAUGUGUAUUAUUUUAGUCGAUAUGAAAAAGCACAAAUGCUUAUACUCGACAAGGAAUACGCUAAAGCAGAAGCAGAACUUCAAAUUGUACUCAAGGCCAACGACAAGAAUCAUUACGGCGUAGGAGCAGGACCUCAUGCCAAGAACAAAUACAGUCUUUCCAAUGCUUUGGUGUUCAAGUGCCAUAAUUGCAUGACAAAAAUCAAGGAUCAGAAAUAAAGUGUGUUACAAAUUCGGUCUUCGUCAGCAUCGGUAUAGAGUGACACAUAUAAUUUUGUACUACUUUAAAUUUAUUGUUUCGAAAAUAAAAAACAAGACAAUUAAAAGAAAAGAAGCAAACGACAUGUUGUUUUUCUUCACUCCGGUAUUCAAUAAACUCUUCUUCUUUCU